AUGGCUAGUUAUUAUUCAGAAGAUAAAACGCCACUGAUAAGAGAGAGAAAAUCAGUGUAUAAAAUCUCAUCACUCACAAGAAAGUAUCCUUACGAUUUGAGUAAGGACGAGGAACUCGAUAAAUGUUUGACCAUUUUCGAUAUUAUUUCGUAUGGUGUCGGUAGUACGGUAGGUGCUGGUGUGUUUGUAUCGAUCGGUGUUGCUAUCAAGACUGCCGCUGGUCCAGGUACACUUCUCUCCUUCUUGUUCUCCGCUAUCGCAUGUCUCAUCUCUGCCUUUUGUUACUCAGAGUUUGCCGCCAAAAUCCCACUUUCCGGUUCCGCCUACACUUUUGCUUAUGUAGCACUUGGUGAAUUCGCUGGUUGGUUUAUUGGUUGGAAUCUAACUUUGGAAUAUGCAAUUAGUGCAAGUGCAGUUGCUCGUGGAUGGUCAGGAUAUUUCUCUAAUUUCUUUACUGUCUUCAAUACUACUACACCAGAGUUUGUCCUUGGUUAUGGAGUGGAUUCGGUAUUCAAUAUUCAACCUUUGGCACCGGUCAUUAUCAUUAUCUGUACUGUGAUUCUUGCAUUUGGUGUUAAGGAUUCCGCUCGUUUCAAUAUGGCCAUCACCUCGUUGAAUAUGAUCACCAUUUUCUUCUUUAUCAUCUUUGGUUCAUUCUUUAUUGACACUUCAAACUGGAGUCCAUUCCUCCCAUUCGGAUUCAACGGUGUCUUCCAGGGUUGUUCAAAGAUCUUCUUCAGUUAUGUCGGUUUCGACUCGGUAACGACACUCUCUGGUGAAGUAAAGAACCCAAAGCGUGAUCUUCCACUCGGUAUCGUUAUCACUCUUAUCAUUGCCACCGUUCUCUAUUGUUUAGUAUCGUUAAUUCUUUCCGGUAUGGUAAACUAUAAGGAUGUAAGUGAAAAUUCACCACUGUCUGAUGCAUUCUUGAGUUUGACGUCGAAACACCCAAAAUUGAAAUGGGCAGCGUUCGCGAUCGUGUUGGGUACAUUGACAUCACUCACUGCCUCAACUUUGUGCUCAUUGUUGGGUCAACCAAGAAUCUACAUGCAAAUGGCAAAGGAUGGUUUGUUCUUCUCAAAGUUCAAGGAAGUCAACAAGAAGACUCAAGUACCACUCUUUGGUACCAUCUUCACAGGUGUCUUUGCUUCGGUUCUCGCUCUCGUUUUGAGUAUUGAAAGCCUUUCAAAUAUGAUCAGUAUCGGUACUUUGUUGGCCUUUACCGUAGUUUGUGCCGGUAUCGUUGUUAUGAGAUUAAGAGAUGAAAACGGUAAUGAAAAUCACGUGAUUAAAUCGCCAUUGUUAUUGUUGAUAAUGUUUAUUUUCGCAUGUCUCUUUGGUUGGGCAAGCUCCAGAAGCUGGAAAUACUAUUAUCAAAUCGCUUUCGCUGCACCAAUGCUUAUCAUCAUUAUUAUGCUCAGCGUGAGAAAGCAGGUCAACGUUCCAGACACCUUCAAGUGUCCACUGAGCCCGGUCUUGCCAUGCUUGGGUGUCAUCGUCAACACCUACAUCAUUAUGCAUCUCGAUGUCGACUCUUUCUACAGAGUGUUUGUCUGGACUGCUAUUGGUUGUAUCAUCUACUUAGGUUAUGGUAUCAGAAACAGCAAAUUGAACGAGCUAGAACAAGACUCGAUCAACUAA